AUGGGAUUAAAGCUUUUCUUCCAAACUUUUCUUGCGCUUCGCUUGAUGGCAGGCUUGGCUGCUGGUCACGCAAUUGACUUUGCCAAAUGCCAGUUUCCUACAUCCAACGCUCUGAAGGGCUGCCCGAAGGGAACCAUUGUUGUUGGACCCAACACUGACGUUGCUUCUUUUCAAACCAUCCAAGGAGCUAUCGACGCCCUUCCCAACAAUGAGACCCCAUACACAAUCCUUGUCCUCGCUGGCAACUAUACGGAGCAGUUGAAUGUGACGCGCCAAGCCCCCGUCACUAUCCUCGGCCAGACUACAAACCCAAGAUCUAGAGCUCAGAACCUCGUCACGGUCUCGUGGGCCUCAGCAAAUGGACACGGCUCUGGCUUCAACGACAACGCGUAUACAUCCGUACUCACUGUUGCUCCAACCUUGAAUGCCAGCCUUGUCGGUUCUGGUCCGACAGGAUUCAAUGUGUCUCAGGAUACGCCAUUCGGAAACUCUGAUUUCAGGGUCUACAAUAUCAACUUUCAGAACACCUUUGCCCAGCAGACAGCCGGUCCCUCUCACGCAGUCGGCGUCAGCCGUGCCAACGCUGGUUUCUAUUUCUGUGGCUUCUAUUCAUAUCAAGAUUCCGUCUACAUCGGGCACCUGGGAAACGCCUACUUCUACGCAAACGAAAUCGCGGGCCAAGUCGACUUCCUGUACGGGUUCGGAACCGCGUGGAUUGAGUCAUCCAAUCUCACGUUGCGUGGCUGCGGUGGCGGCAUAACCGCCUGGAAGGGUACCAAUACAACCUUUUCCAACAAGUACGGCUGCUACGUUUCCAACUCGUACAUCAGGGGCGCCAACGAAAGCGUGGUUGAGUCCAACCGCGGCAAGUGUUCUCUCGGCCGACCUUGGAACAGCCUGCACAGGAGCGUAUAUAUAAACACCUUCAUGGACGCCACUAUACGACCACAGGGUUACACAGGCUGGGGCACCCCUACGCCACCAAACAGCACCUUCAUGGCCGAGUAUGGAUCAUAUGGGCCGGGCUGGAGCCUAGAGGGAAGGAUGGACGGUAAUGCCACGCGAGUCCUCACCCGCCAUGCAGUGUGGCCAUAUCAUCAGCCCAAGAACGUCUUCAUGAAGGCCGAUGGUAGCCAACCAUAUGUGGGCUGGAUCGACAAAAGGUUUCGCUCGCCAUGGGCGGGUGCAUAG